AUGCACGUCGAUCGCGCGAAAACAAAUCAAGUCCACCUCCCAACGGAUCCAGGGGAGACGGGAGACAGAACGGGAGAAAAAAAAUCUAAACGGAGAUUAACAAUAUCAUCCGGUUUGCGGGAGGGGGCGUCGCUUGGAAAAAUUCGCGGUAUUCCGUUAUUGGGCGAAGCGACGGGCCGGGCACGGAUUAAAAUGUCCGCCCUAGCGGCGGGCCGGCUGCACAAUGGGCUGUUAGACGACGAUAAACGUAGAUUAAACCGGCGCCGUGAUCCCCCGUUCCGGACGAGCGUUGAUUCCGAACGUCGCAUCGGCCUA